AUGGACAACGGACAUAUUGAAGAAACUAACAAUAUUGAAAUCGAUCCAGCCACUGGCGGAGCUGUUAUGAGCUUCAGCUAUGCAUCGGAUUUCCCAACCCUCCCUGACGCCGCACCAGCCACCGCUCCAACUGCCAAGCAGACCAAUGUCUGGUCUCGUCCAGCUCUCUCGAAGACUGACGUCACUGUCACCUUCCACUUGGCCCCAGAUGAGCGUUCCAACAACAAGGUGAAGAGCUUCGGAAACACCUCGGAGGAAUCGAAAAAAGCCCAAGCUAUUGCUAGUGCUACUAAGACUAGAAUCGAGCUCAGCGAAUCGAAGGACGGAGAGCUCACUGUCGUCGUGAAGGGAGAACGCGCAAAGGUCGAGGAAGCUCGCGCUCGCAUCAUCCGCGAUCUCCAGACCCAAGCUUCUCGUGAAAUCGAAAUUCCAAAGGAGCACCACGGACGUCUCAUUGGAAAAGAAGGAGCGCUUCUCCGCAACCUUGAGGCUGAUACCAACUGCAGAAUUCAAAUUCCAAACCGUGAUGGGUCAUCAACCAAGAUCACCAUCACUGGACCACGCGAAGGAAUCCAACGCGCCGUCAGACACAUUAUGGACGUUUCUGAGCGUGAAUCGAAACUCGCCACCGAGCACAUCGUCUGCCCAAAGAACUUGGUCCCAUUUGUUCGCGGACCACACAACGAGACUUACGAACGUCUCACCGGUGACGGAUCUGUUAAAAUCAACAUUCCACCACCAACUGCGACUAACGAGAUGAUCUCUGUCACCGGAGAGAAAGAAGGAGUUGCACGUGUCGCCGCUGAGAUUCGCAAGAUCGUCGAGUCGAAGAAAAAUGUGUCGAGCAUCCAAAUCCAAGUUGCCCGUCAACAACACAGAUAUAUCAUCGGACAAUCCCGCAGUGGAAUCCAUGAGGUUCUCCAAAAGACUGGAGUCGUCGUUGAAGUGCCACCUGAGGAGUCCGGAUCGGAUCAAAUCACACUCAUCGGAGAUGCUGCUGAUCUCGCCAAGGCUCUGACCCUCGUCAUCGAGCGUGCUUCUUCUAUCGUCACCCAAUCGAUCCCCGCUCCACAAUGGCUUCACAAGCACUUGAUCGGACCAAAGGGAGCCACCCUUUCCACCCUUGUUCCAAACCGUAACAGCGUGAAGAUCGAGUUCGAUGAUUCCAACCAAAUCUUCCUCGAGGGAUCCCCAGAAGAAGUUAAAGCCGCAUUUGAGCCACUCAACAAGGAAGUUGCUCGUCUCCAAAUGGAACUCUCCAUUGAGAAAGUCAAGGUUCAUCCAACUCUCCAUCGCCACGUUAUUGGACGCGGAGGAUCCCUUAUAUCCAAGAUCAAGGAACAAACUGGAGUUCAAAUUAGCAUUCCAAACGAGGAGACCAACUCUGACGAGAUCGUCGUCGAAGGAAAGAAGGAUGGAGUGAAGAAGGCUGUCGCUGAGAUUCGCUCAAUUGUCACCAAGAUUGAGAACGAGAAGUCCCGUGACAUCAUCAUUCCACAAAGACUUCACAAGCUCAUCAUCGGAACCAAGGGAUCCGGAGUCCAAACAAUCCGUGACGCCCAUCCAAAUGUUUCUGUUGUGUUCCCAGAUGCCAAGUCAAAGUCCGAUGUCGUAAACAUUCGUGGAGACAAAUCUGAGGUCGACGUUGUCUACAAGAAGCUCACCACUAUCUCUAAGGAAUUCGCCGAGAACAACUACCAACAAACCGUUGCUAUCUUCAAGGAGUUCUUGAAGCACAUCGUCGGAAAGGGAGGAGCCACCAUUCGCAAGCUUCGUGACGAGACUGAGACUCGCAUCGACCUCCCAGAAUCUGGAUCUGAUGACGGAAAGAUCAUUGUCACCGGAAAGCAAGCCAAUGUUGAGAAGGCUGUUGCUCAACUCAACAAGAUUCAAGAGGAGCUUGCUAACGUUUCCGAGGAGACCAUCGAGAUCCCACAAAAGGUCCAAUCACGUUUCUUCGGAAACGGACGUCGUUUGAUUUCUGACAUUGAGGAGGAAUGCGGAGGAGUUCACAUUCGUUUCCCAUCAGAGAAGAGCGAGUCCACCAAGGUUACCAUCCGUGGACCAGCUGGAGACGUCACAAAGGCCGUCGGACUUCUCUCGGCUCUUGCUAAGGACAAGGAGGAGAAUUACAUCGAGGAUACCGUCAAGGCUAAGGCCGAGUUCCAUCGUUUCUUGAUCGGAAAGGGAGGAUCCAAGAUCGCCAAGCUUCGUGACACCCUCAACGUUCGCAUCAUGUUCCCGAAGGAAGGAGAUGCUGAGAAGGAGACAAUCCAUUUGCUCGGAAAGAAGGAUGAUGUUCCAAAGGCCAAGGCCGCUCUUGAGGAGGCUAUCAAGCAACUCUCCGAGACUGUUGACAUCAAGAUCAAUGUCGAUCCAAAGUACUACAAAAACUUCUUGGCUCGCGGAGCUGCUCUCGUCAAGGAGAUUCAAGAUCAAAACGGAGGAGUUGUCAUCUCAUUCCCAAAGAAUGGAUCAGAUAGCAACGAGGUUUCGAUCCGUGGAUCCAAGCAAUGUGUUGAGGCCGCCCGUGCUCGCAUUGAAGACACCGUCGAGGACUACGAGAAGCAGAUCACCGACACCGUCAGCAUCCAAGCUCAAUUCCAUCGUGGACUCCUCGCUGGACGUGGAGCUAAGAUUCACGAGCUUCAAUCUAAGUACAACGUCUCCAUCAGAUUCCCAAAUAACCGCGAGGAAGGAGCUGAAGGAUCCGACCAAGUCACCCUCUCCGGACGUGACACCAAGGUUGAGGAAGCCAAGGAAGCUCUUCUCGCAUUGGUUCCAAUCUCCAAGGUCAUCCAACUUCCAAUUGAUAUGCAUCGUUCGAUUAUUGGACGUGGAGGAGAGACUGUUCGCAAGCUCAUGCAAGAUUACGAUGUGAACAUCUCCAUUCCAAAGGACAACUCCUCCGAAGACAUUACCGUUACCGGACAAGUUGAAAAUGUCGAUCAAGCUCUGGAGGCUCUUCGCGGAAAGCUUUCCGAGUACGAGGCUCAAGCUGAGAACCGCAAGCUCAAGCAAUGGUCGAUGACCAUCAAUGUUCCAACUGAUUAUCAUCAGAAGAUCAUCGGACAGCGUGGAGCCACCAUCACCGCCCUCAAGGAGAAGUAUGGAGUUAACAUCAAUGUGCCACGUGAUGAAGGAAACGAGGUUAUCACCAUCACCGGAUACGAAGACAAGGCCAAGGAAUGCGCUGCUGCCAUCGAAGAGAUGAUCUCCGAUUUGAGAUCGAUGUUCACUCAAGAAAUCUCUUUGGAUUCGAGAUAUCAUCCACGUCUCAUUGGACAACGUGGAAAGAACUUGAAGAAGGUUAUGGAAGACUACCGUGUCGAGAUUCGUCUUCCACGUCAAGGAGCUGAAGACCCGAACUUGGUUGUUGUCGCCGGAAAGGACGAGAAUGACGUUUAUGAUUGCAUUGAUCAUUUGCGUUCCGAGGAGGAGAGUUUCUUGCUUGACAACGUUGAGAGAACCCAAUACAUGUCUCCACGUCAACAAGAGUCGAACAACGUUCGCCCACAGGCUGGAACAAUGCGCGUUCAAACCAUGGGAGCCCCAUGGCAAUUGGAUUUGGGAAGCUCGGAGCAAUUCCCAGACAUGGGAGCUCAGGCGACUCCAACCACUGCUGUCGGUGGAGCUUGGGGAUCGUCUCGUCGUUGGUAA